GUGCAAAUUUUUCAGCCUGACUGAGACACCUGAAGACUACACAGUCAUAGUGGAUGAAGAAGGAUUCUUAGAGCUCCCUUCAUCAGAACACUUGAGCGUAGCAGAUGCAACAUGGCUGGCCCUCAACGUCGUCUCGGGAGGAGGUGGCUUCUCCGGCUCUCAGCCUAUCGGUGUGACCAAAAUUGCCAAAUCAGUCAUUGCUCCACUAGCCAAUCAGAAUAUCUCAGUGUUUAUGCUCUCCACCUAUCAGACAGACUUUAUUCUGGUACGUGAGCGGGACCUGGCCUUUGUUAUGCACACCCUGGCUUCUGAGUUCACCAUCCUCAGGGUUGUGAAUGGGGAGACUGUGGCAGCCGAUAACCUUGGGAUAACCAAUGGAUUUAUGAAACCAAAACUGGUUCAAAGACCUGUCAUCCACCCCCUUUCCAGUCCGAGUAACAUGUUCUGUGUCACCAGCCUGGACCCUGAUACCCUUCCCUCUGUUGCUACACUCCUUAUGGAUGUCAUGUUUUACUCCAAUGGAGUAAAAGAUUUAGUGGCAAGCAAUGAAGAUUCUGAACACAUUCGUUUUUUCUCAUUUUCUCUCAUUGAGGGAUACAUUUCUUUGGUGAUGGAUGUACAGACGCAGAAAAGAUUUCCUAAUAAUCUGUUGUUUACAAGCGCAUCAGGAGAACUCUGGAAGAUGGUUCGCAUUGGAGGGCAACCUCUUGGCUUUGAUGAGUGUGGAAUCGUGGCUCAGAUCUCCGAGCCUUUAGCUGCCGCAGACAUCCCUGCCUAUUACAUCAGUACUUUUAAGUUUGAUCAUGCACUGGUUCCAGAAGAAAAUAUCAACGGUGUUAUCAAUGCACUCCAAGUCAGUCAACCUGAAAAAUAUUAAUU